UUAAUUCGAGAGAUUAAUUUCAGACGAACAUUGUCGUGUUGGUGAAUUUAUUAAGGGGGAAAAAAAAGAGGAAGAAUAGCUGGAGACUCAUCGACUCGUUGACUUUUGUCGCGCGUUUCGAGACUGAGGAACUGGAGAAACGCGAAAUCCGCUUCCUCGAAUGCAGUGAUCGUGCAUUCGUCGCGCGGACAUGUCAGAACAACGUCAGUAACGACAAGCGAACUUGCGCAAGAAGCGAAUUCGGAGCCCGAUUUCUUUCACGGCGGAGAAAGCAGACGGCUGAUCGAGUCGGACAAGUAUAAACCGCGAUGUAGCGGCCGUUUCCUGCCUCUAUAUAUCUCAACCCGCUCCGGCCCCAAGAAAAUAAACACGCGAUGAAGAAAUCGCUCGCGUUUUACGAUUUAAUCUUCUUGCAUUAAUUGCAACGACCUAGAACUAUCACCUAAAAACUAUCGCUCUUCGAUCCGAGUUCCCGUCGAUGGCGAUUUCUUUAAUGUCACUGAACUAGAAAAGGCUGAACAAGCGAUCCGGCCUUGCAGGAAUAAUUGUCCGGAUCGAAGAAGAAAACAUCGAUCCUUCUUUCAAUACAUAGAAACUCUUCUUGCCGGCUUUAUCGCCAAGUUAAAACAACAGGAUGCAAACUUGACAUUUACAUGUCUUCCUGAUGCGAUUUACCGUGGAACGAUGGGUUUCUAACCAUCCACAAUGAUGGUGGACUUUUAAAGAGGUUUUCCGGGAUUGUCCAGAGACGUGAGAUGAUUGGCAAACUUGUUCUGGCUCUUUGGAUAUUACGAUGGACCAGUUUUAUCGCAGAACCCGUUGCGGGACAGGUGUUAUCGUCCUUCGACGAAAGUUUGGACGAAAGGAACGACGCGGAAAUUUUUCGCGCGGUCGUCGAAUCAAUGCGAAGAUGGACGCUUCACAAAAAGCUCAAUCACAGAGGAAAAAGAGAGGUGUCCAAGGUUUGCUACGAGGACAUCGGGUGCUUCGAGGAUACCGGGCCCUUCAGUUACCUGGAGAUGCUACCGUCACCGCCAAAAGACGUUGGAACCAGAUUCAUCGUAUACGGAAGUAGAAAGGCAAGAGCGAUCCCCAUGGAGGUGCCUGCCGACGAUAUAGACGACAGCGUCCACCGUGCCAUAGAUCCUAAUCUCCCGACGAAAGUAAUCGUUCAUGGAUUUGGAAGUGACUGCAACCACUUGUGGGUUUACGAUAUGCGAUCCGCGUUAAUGAGCAUUCACGAUUGCAAUAUAGUUUGCGUGGAUUGGGGUCCCGGUAGCGCCGUACCCAAUUACGUAAGGGCAGCGGCCAAUACACGACUAGUUGGCCGACAAUUGGCAAAAUUAAUUCGCAGCUUUAACGUGCCGCUGGAAAAAGUGCACAUGAUUGGAUUCAGCCUGGGAGCCCAUGUGGCCGGUUUUGCCGGUGCUGAGCUUGGAAAUGUGUCCAGAAUUACCGGUUUAGAUCCUGCGGGACCGCUUUUCGAGUCGCAGGAUCCGAGGGUUCGCCUGGACGCGACGGAUGCGAAGUUCGUCGACGUUAUUCACAGCAACGGUGAGCAGCUCAUCUUGGGCGGUCUCGGUUCCUGGCAGCCCAUGGGCGACGUUGAUUAUUAUCCGAAUGGAGGAAAAAUGCAAAACGGAUGCUCGAACAUCUUCGUCGGCGCCGUGUCCGAUAUUAUCUGGUCGAGCACGGUCGAGGGCAGAUCGUUGUGCAACCAUCGGCGGGCGUACAAGUUCUUUACCGAUUCCGUAAGCCCGAAGUGCCGAUUCCCGGCGUUUCCCUGCGACCACGGUUACGAGGGCCUGCUGAAGGGUGACUGUUUCCCUUGCGGCACGGACGGCGCGGAUCGACCCUGCGGCGACAUGGGCUAUUACAGCAACGAGUCGCCCGCCAGGGGCCAGCUUUACCUAGUGACGAGAGACGAGGAGCCCUUCUGCGCCCAUCAGUACCAGAUCAAGGUGUACAACAGCCGGAGCGAGAGAUCCGCCAAGAGCUACGGGAAGCUUCAGGUCACGCUUGUGGGAAAAGGUUCGUACAACGACACGUUCGCGAUGACUCGCAAGGACGAAGAGCUCUUGGUAGGAGCCAUCCUUCAGAAAAUUGUCGUGCCGCAACCCGCGGUUACCCAUCUCGAAGCGAUCGAAAUCAAAUACACGGCGUAUAGCGGCUGGAUAUCGUCCGGCUUGGUGUCCUGGACUAUCGACAAAGUGGCCAUAACCGACAGUUUCGGCAAGGUCCUGUCGGUCUGCAAGAAAGGCUUGAUCCUAGAAUCCGGCCGGCCGGUCUACCUGCCCCUUUUCCCCGGCGAAUGCAACAUACCCUUGGACACCGAAAACUCCACCGCCUCGUCUUCCGCGGUACCGACCCUCGAACGCGCAGAGAUCGACGACAGGCAGGGCGGCAUAGGACCCUUCACGAAGGAGCAAAACUACGAGACGAAGGAUCCCGGAUACUCCGCGGAGAUCCCGCCGACGGACAGAACGUCGCAGAGACGUGGUGGCCUCGGUCCGUUUACGAAGGAGCAGAAUCGGCGCGUAGGCGCCGAGAUCGAGACGGCGACGACCUUCAACGAGAACGAGGAGAGCCGGCGCAACGUCGCAAACCCGUGGACCGUCCUGGACAUAUCCGGCGACGGCGACUCCAACUCGCUGGAGAACAGCGAGUCGGAGCAAGGACGGAGCUUCUCGGGCGCCGCGAACCUGAUAUACCGCACCUCGACGGCGUCGGAACGCGUCGCCGAGACUACCGCGACCACGGUCCCCACGACCACGGAGUACCUGCCGGAGAUCAGGGAACCGGUGCUGCGGCCGAGCAAGAAGGACGCCGGCCGAUCGCUCAAGUUGCCCGAGAUCACGGAACCGAUCCUACGUCCGCGCGCCACCAGGCACAACACGCGGAACGAGGUGGUGCCGCAACAGCAUCAGCGCGACGAGAUACAAGAGACGUCGUCGACCUCCACGAGACCGUUGUUCACCGUGCAGUUUCUACCCGAGCGACUAGCCGGGAUCCUGGCGCAGGCGGAACGAUACGCGCGGCAGACCCUGCUGCCCUUUAUCUCGCAGUACACGCCGAGCUUCGUGACCGGUAUUCGGCACGAAGAGCCCAAGUAUUUUCCUCUCUUGACUGACCUAGUGCGUCCGAGGAGCGCCGACAGCACCACCGAGACCGGCAGGACGACGACCAGUCCGCCACCGCGACCAAAGAACGGUGACCAAAUCUCGCGAGUGUACAUCGGCCAGCGCAAGUCCGACAAGUCGUUCAGCAUCAAAGACGGACGUAAUGAGACCAUCUCAAGCGCGCAAGUGGAGAACGGCAAGAACCAGUAUACCGAGUCGAGAGCCGAAGUGUCGCCGGUGAUAGUCGAGGCCGUGUAUCCGGAGAAAUUAGCCAACGCUAGCUCCACCGGUCUCGAGGCGAAAGCGACGAGCGAGGGUAGCGAUUGGCAGCCGAUCGGUGAAUCGACAACCCCUUUGAAGAGCCCUCCGUCCCGAAGGGAAUCGAACUUCUCGCGGUCGCUGGACUGGUCGGCCGACAUCAGCCGCGACUGGACCUCGCGAACGGUGAACGGAAAUGCGGAAGCCGAGGUCAAGUCUGAUGACGACUGGAUACCGAUCACGAUCAGGAGCGACACUGUCUCGACGACCGCGCGGGCUGCGGCUUUGGGCGAAGAAACGGCGGCGACGGCGACUCAAGGGACCAAGACCGACAUCGUUAACAAUUCGCGGAAAUCCGCCGAGGAUGAUGCCCUCGAUGAAAUCGAAGAGGAAGCUACGACCGUCGCGAACACGUACGAGAGGAAAUUCAUUCCUCUGGUUGACUUGGAGGCGACGACCUCCGAUAGCCCGCCCUCGUCGACCGACGCUAACGACGUUCCGGGAUCCACGACGGCCGCCUCGCAUAUCCAGAAGAUACCGCGAUACAAGACGACAGUAAAAAGUGCCAGAACGAUAAUGAACCCCGUGAUGAUGUUCCCGUAUGCCUACGAGCGGAAAAAUGAUCCUAGAACGAGAUACAUACCGCUGAUCCCGGAAGAGGAUAUGGGCAGGGCAUAUCCGAUGUCCGAGAGGAAGCGUUAAUAACACGUUCGUUUAAGAAUGAUUAAAAAAAAUAAGACUCAAAGAUUCUUUUUCUUACAUUGAAUCAUUCGCGAAACGCAAGAUUAUAUCUGUUAAAAGCUAUUCGAUAAUUCGAUAUUGUUAUCACGAUCGGAAAACGAGCUUCUUAUUUCUUCGGCAAAAUUCAGAAUUAUUUUUAUAGGGUCAUUUUGUCAUUUAUUGUAAAAACAAUAUCAAAAAUCCGGAAAUCUAGGAGAUUUGAGAUUUUGAGAAACGGAAGAUCAGUCGUAACUUGGAAUUAUUUUCAUCAGACAAUAAUGUUUGCAUGGUUCGUAUUUUUAAAAGAUAGGAGCUAUGCGUCAUUUUCCCGGUUAACAAAAUCGCGAACCCUCAAUACUAUUUGGUUCAAAUUAUAAGAAAUUGAAGCUACUACAGAAAUAUUUUUUUAUCGAUGUUCAUUUCCCAGUCGGAAAUGAUAUAUGGUUUAAUUUAUAAUAAAAUUUUCAAAGUAAAUUUUGAGAUAAAAUUUUGUCGCAAAGUACAACCAAUAGUCUGUGAUGAGAAAUAAUGCGAUUUAAAAUCAGUAUUCGGACAUUCUCCUUAUCUCUUGCCUCAAAAUUAAACGCGCUAUUUCUCGUGUGACGGUGAUAAAAUAUUAGAUGUAGAAAAAUGCAAGUGCAAUUUUUGGCAAAGUGAAAUAUUGUGCCUUAUGAUAGUUAUUGAUAUAAACUAAUGCUUUUUAAUGAGUUUUAUAAAUAACCCUGUUGAAACUGCAAAAAUUAGGAUUGUUAAGAUUUAAUGAUUUUAGAAAAAAUCUUUAAUAACUUUCCUUUUUCUUUUUGAUAAAAAUUGGGAGCCCUUAACUUUAUUAUCUUUGUAUAUAUAUAUAGGAAUUUUUUACAUAGCUAUAUAUAUAUAUUUAUAUAUAUACAACACACAUAUAUAUAGCUUCGCCUUUUACUAUUAAUCAUUAUAACUAUUAU